CAUUCUUUUCCUCUUUUUUUUUUCCAACCAUCGCCCAAUAAACCCUUCUUGCCAUUGACUUGUUCUUCUCAAAUUAUCUGAUUCUGGCUCAUGCCUUCUUCUUUGCAACAAUUGUUACAUGACAGAGCAUGCUACAGCAGCCACUAUCGGUCCUACAAAGAACUCAUUAGAAACCGGUUCGUUCAGAAUGUCUAUGGGGACGAGCAAAUGAUGGCACGCAUGACGCUCGAGCGGGUGCUUUCGGGUCACACUGGUUGCGUCAACUCACUCUAUUGGUCCCGGCGAGGUGAGCAACUUUUAAGCGGCUCGGACGAUAUGAACCUGAUCCUAUGGUCCGUGUAUCUCGAUUAUCAGUACAAUAUCACCAUUGAAACAGGCCAUCGAGCCAAUAUUUUUUCUGCUGUGUUUAUGCCCAAGACAAACGACCAUAUCAUUGUAUCGGCGGCGGGCGAUUCCGAAGUUCGUGUUUUCGACCUCAACGCCGAAGAUAUGCACCGUCCCAUGCAUAUUUAUACCUGUCAUGACGAUCGCGUGAAACGCAUUGCCAUUGACGACAACAACCCGUAUGAAUUCCUUACUUGCUCCGAAGAUGGCACGAUCCGUCAAUUCGAUCUUCGCGAACCUCACAUAUGCACACCACACAAUUCCCGCUCCUUCCUUACCGCCACACAACGGCCAUCACGCGAAUAUCCAUCUCAGAGAAGAGAAGGCGUUCGCGAAGGCUGCUCUGAGCCACUCGUUGAUUACAGUCGAUACGGUAUCGAUAUCAACACGAUUUCCCUUAACAAGAUCCAUCCGCAGUAUUUUGCUAUUGCUGGUAUGGACGACUACAUCUAUCUGCACGACCGACGGAUGGUCUCCGGGCGUAACGGUGGGGGCGGGGCAGGAAGAAAUAAGACACACGCCAAUAGUUCGAGAUGUAUUAAACGGUUUACCGCAAGUUCGGAUGGUCGACGACGGCGGAAUAAGCACAUCACCGCAUGCAAAUUCAGUGAAUCGAACGGAGAGGAGUUGCUAGGCAGUUGGUCGGCGGAUGACAUUUAUCUUUUCCAUAUGAACGAUUCACCAACAUAUGGAGCUGGCUGCAGCAACGGCACCUUUAGUCAAUCAUCUGCACACAAAGGAAAUGGAUUUCUCGGUCGCAUCAACGCUUCUUAUUUUAAUGACAUGGCUAUUAUUCAUGAGGCGUUUUACGAAGGGGAUUUGAACGAGGCAUUGGAGAUGCUUUCCGAAUUCUCCAGGUACACCGUAGGCACAUCCGAAGGGAUGGAUCUAGCUGAACAGUACCGAAAGCGCACACUUGCCAUCUGGGAACUGUCCAUGUUAGCAGCUUGUCAUUUACGGCGGGUCUAUGAACGAGAAGUGGCUAUGAGAGACACCGAGAACGGAUUGGAUGAAGUGGCUGAGGAAGAAGUGGCUUUGGCCCGUAAAUAUAUGCAGGAAGCCGAAUCGCUCGUGCCGCCGAUUUGGGAAGGAUAUUGGUGCCUUGCCGUGGGUUAUUUUAUCGCCGCCGGGGGAACACGAAGCAACGGAUGCGAAGAUCGUGAAGAAUGGCUUCACAAAGCCUACGACUUUGCCGAUUUUGCAUACUAUGCGCGCUCUAAGAAAGAUGAUGCAGGUUCCGAUUCGGUGCAGAGUCCUCAGAUAAAUCCGUUGGACCACGUUGCUCUAAAUGAAGACCCGCGAGUGUCCCUUGAUCAAGAUGAAGAUGAAAAUGAGGACUCUGAAGACAACAGAGACUCAUUUGGCGAUGAGGACUUGAGUGAAGACGAGGACUUGGAUGAAGACUUGGAGAGCGAGGACGAUGUACACGACGAAGACGACGAUAAGGACGAUAUGGACGAGGAUGAGGACGAGGAUGAUGACGAUAGCAGCAUUUCAAGUAGUGACGAGUUGCCCAUGAUAAAGUGGUUCACAUAUGACGUGCGACAAGCCAUCAAGAACGAUUGGAUGGAUGUAUCAUUGGACGAGCUUGAAAGCGAAAGCGACGACACAGAUUCAUCCAACCCCGAUCCACUUCGAUUUGUCAAAGAACGAUAUAGAUGGCUUGAAUACAUGUACAUAUUCACACCGUUUUCUCCACUUCCGUCUCUUCCUCCCGGUCAACGAGGAUCCACGGAUGAACCCGGCUCAAAUUUGGAAAAUGGCGAGCAAAGUACUUCACAACAGGAACAACGGUCUGCAUCUUUGGCUAUAUCAAACGACAAUGAAAGGUUACAAUCAAGUCCCAGUAGAAAUGAACCCUCUCAGGUCUCGUCAACUGCAGAUUCUCCAUCCCGCGCGCGUCAGCAUCAAGAUGUAGUCACCGAUUCUGAAGCGGAGACUGCCCCGGUGCGACGUGCUUACCAUGGUAAUGUGGACGAAGAAAGCUCAGACGAAGAAGUCAGUGAUGACGAGCACGAGAAUACGACAGAGUUCUGGACUGAAAGCACUGACCAUCCGAUGGAUGACAUUGAUAGCGAUUUCCUUUCCAUGUCGGAAGAUGUAUACAAUAAUAUUAUGGUACCUGCCGAUCGCGAUCGAAUGGAAGACGAUGUCGAAGUGGUUGGUUAUCGCCAAAAAUACACUGGCCACUGUAAUGUCAGGACCAUCAAAGAUGUGAACUUUUAUGGCCCCAACGAUAAAUAUAUCGUGUCCGGUAGUGACGAUGGUCUGGUGUUCGUAUGGGACAAGAAGUCUACAAAGAUUGUGCAGAUUCUGAAAGGCGAUGAAGAUACCGUCAAUGUGAUUCAGGGACAUCCUUUUCUUCCUAUCAUGGCGGUUUCCGGCAUUGAUGACACCGUGAAACUGUUCAAACCGAUGGCAUCACCCUCUACAACGUCUCGGACAUGGGAACCUCAUUUAAAAACGUCAUGGUCGCCCUCCUCUCGUAUGUAUGAUAUGGACGAUAUUGUUCGACGAAAUCAGGAUAAUCGACUCAGCGAAGGUGGCGACUUGGUUUAUUCCCGUAAUAUUAUUGCUAUAUUGACAGCCAUCAUGAGAAAUCGGCGAUUUAAUUCAUUGCAAUCGGAUGGUUGGGGACCGGACGAUACUGACAGCAAUCAGGAAGACGAAGCUGGCAGUGAUCGAAACGGUCGUAGGAGAAACAGUCGUGAUGAUGACGAAGACAACGACGAAGACGAAAGCAACAGUGAGAGUGAGGAGGAAGACCCCAAUGUUCGUCGUCGAUCUCGUCGCCAAAGAGCACAAUGAUAAGAUCCUUUAAGGAAAUUGCUUUACUGUCAAUUAGCCUGCACUGAUUUUCUUCAAAUUGUAUUUGUGAUGCUAUAUUACGCAUUGUAUAAAGAAAUUUACAUAUGUUUCUACCAUGCAACCUUGCACGCCAUGAUUUCGCUUCUUCUUACCAAAUAGCUAUCAAUAUA